GUUGGGCCGGCACCGAGAAAGUCGAAGUGCCGCACAUCUCGCGACGCGCCGAGACUGUUCCAAGAGGCGAGCCAAUGUAGCGAAAACGCUGCGAAAAGCAUCGACCCGGUCCCACAAGCCAUGAGGUUUUCUCGGCCCCAUCGCGGUGCCGGAGACAACGUCGUAAGCAUUCCCAGCACUGUUGGCGACCAGGCUUGAGGAGGUGGCGGGGCAUCCCCGGAGGCGGCCACCAUGAACGAGAUCGCGCCACCUCCAAAGUAUCGGCUCAACCUUCGCGUGGUGCUCAUGUCGGUGCUCAUCUGGAUGGGAACGUUCCUCGUGUUUGCCGCUAUCUCGGUCACAUUAGCGAUUACCACAAACGCGAUGUACUUCCUGUUCAUCAUCAUGGGGCUCGUCGUGUCGACGUUCGCGAUGGCCUUUUACAAGCCCGAGGGGCCCUGGGAACCCCUGGUGCCGUACAGCCGGCUCUGCGAGCCCAGGCUCGAGACGCAUGCGCCCGUGUACGUGGAAGAGAAGUCCGCCGUGUACCCGCCUUCGCCGUCGGUCAAGAGUGUGACGCGCUCGGACCCUUGGCUCUGCACGAGUGCCAAGACGACGCUGCGUGGGUCGUUCUCGUCCCCCCGGCUCCGCAGCCAGGUCGACGACACGUGGCCCGCGGCUGCGGCACCGCCGCGCAACCCGACGGCGCGUCUGCCCUCGGGCUUCCUGCCUCUGGCGCCAGCGGCCGUGGCGCGCAGCCACUCGUCCACGACGCUCGACAGCCCCAGCCAGUGCGAGCAGGUCACGACGGUGAGCUGUCAUCAGGCGUACGGCUGCUACGAGAGCCGUGUGUUGCGAACAACAUACGAGGAGUUCCACCGGGUGAGCGACAAUGUCGAGACGAUCGAGUGCAUCGAGAGGUCCGAAGUGGUGACUACGGAGACAGCUGCCGCUCCCAGCCCGGAGCCGCUAUCGACGACUAUCCAGCUGGAGGAACCGGUGGAACCGGUGGCUCCCGAGAAAAAGAAGCGGCGUCUGCUGUGGAACAUCUUCAGCCGGAGCGACGACAAGACCGUGGUGAAGGAGUUUCCCGCGUACAAGAACGAGGACAGCGAAUCCAAGGCGGGCCUCUUGGAAGAAGAGUCCUCCGCACCGACAGACCCGCCGUGCUUCUCGAAGGCCCCGAGAGGCAUCGCGGACGCUCCGGAAUUCUCCAAGGUUGUCGCGAACAUCGAGCGAAACAUCCACGAGGCGAACAACCCUUACAGCAUUUUGCACAAGCCCAAGGAAGGCGGCGGAGGCACGACAGUGGCAUCCCAGAGAAAGUCGUCCAGCGAACGGAAGACGGCUAAAAAAAGUACGUCCAAAGGUGAGCAGGCUGCUGCCGCCAAGGUCAUGGGCAUCUUGAACUCGUCCGAGUCCAGCGCGUCAUCGUCCGGCGUCGGCGGUGCCACCGCUGCCGCUUCGGACGUGCCCUCAUUCUGGAAGGAACAGACGUCCCCGUUGCCCGACGACCCUUCUCCAGGAAGCAGCAGCCCCAUGGUCAGCGGACCGGCGUCGUCGGGACUGUCCUCAGGCGGAAGCCGCAUAUCGCUGGCCGGCUCCACGCCCAAAGACGCGGACCAGCAGUACCUGAACGAGGCGUUUAUCAAGUCGCGCUCUAGCUGGGACGAGCGAUCACAUCCGGACUCGACGACCCCGUUCCACAACAACGUGGGCGAAGGCAGCACCAGCCAGAGCAGCAGCCAGCGCACUGCGGUGUCCAAGAUGGCCGCCUCUUCGGCCGCGCGCUCCGAGGAGAAGGAGAUCUGGGCAUCGCCCAGCUGGAGCCCGACGAGAAACAGCAGCAACGCGGUCGGCGAGAAGGCCAGCCAGACAUCGCUGCGCGACUUCUGCCCGCAGUCGAGCGGAGACGACCACUUCCGAAUGUCGCCGCUCGUGAAGGCCGACCUGGUGGAGGUGACCGUCAUCAACAACCCGGCCCCGACCGACAAAGGUGCCGGAAGCAGCAAAUGCGCGCUGCAGUGCGCGGAGGGCGCGGAGAAGAAGCCGCAGCCAUCCAAGUACGUGCAGGCCACGAGCAAGACCAUCGAGACGGGCGUGCAGAUGGUGACGUGCGGCGGUGACAACAACAGUCCCACCAAGAAGUCAAAGAAGAAGAAGUUAAAGUUGCUGCCACGGUUCCUCAGGGUAAAGAAGAAGAAGUGAGUGACGCUCCUGGCCACGUUGGUGGUAGCCCCUGAUUGCACAGUGUUGAAGGCCAUACCUCUUUUUCUUUUUUUCUGGUCUAAUCUGUUGCGAGGCGCGGGUGGGGUGACAAGAGACUUUUGGACUGUUUGUUUGAGCACGAGAAACUGGCACGGGGCA